AUGAAGAUGACCCCCCUUAUCCUGAUUCUCAUGAUUACUGCGAUGUUGUCAGGAGUGCGCUGUGACAGUCACACAUUGCAAUAUUGCUGCACAGCAGUCUCGGCCUCAGAGUUUGGUCGGCCAGAAUUUUCCAUAGUCGGAUUCAUAGAUGAUGAACAGAUCAUGCGAUAUACAAGUGACAUUGGCCGAGAUAUUCCAGUCGCUGAAUGGAUGAAGAAGAAGAAAGGACAAAAGUACUGGGACGAACAAACACAAAUUUCAAAACAAUUGCAACGUUUAUUGGAAGAGAGAUGGUGGAGAACGCGAUGGGGAAAAUCAAUCAGACUAAAGAGAUCCACUAUGGCCAAUGGAUAUCGAAAUGUGAGCUGAGAGAUGAUAACAGCACUUCAGGGACUACAUAUAUUAGAUACGAUGGGAGAGAAUUCAUCUACCUGGACAAACAGAAGGAGAACUGGGUAGCCGCGAUGCAUGAGGCGGAGCUCACCGCUAAGGAAUGGAACAGUCCUAAGAAAAAAUGGGGGCAUUUACAGAGCAGAUAUCUGGACUACGACUGUAUAUAUUGGUUGAAAGAGUUCCUUGAGCGUGGGAGAGAAGAUCUGGAGAAAAGAGUGCGUCCAGAGGUGAAGGUGUGGGAUCGUCUUCAGUCAGAUGGGCUGACAAGACUAUACUGCCUGGUGUACGGGUUUCACCCCCGAGCUGUGGAUGUGAAGUGGAUGAGGAAUGGGGAGGACCAUGUUCCUUCAGAUGAAAUGACUCCAAUUCUCCCCCAUCUUGAUGGCACCUAUCAGAUAAAAGUCAGUGUGGAAGUGCCAACCAAGGAGGGAGACACUUACUCCUGUCAUGUGGACCACAGCAGCCUGGAGGAUGUUCUCAUUGUGAAAUGGGAACGCUACCAAAUUCAUGGUGCUGUGAUUCCUGGUGUUGUGAUUCCUGUUGUUGUCAUCGUUCUUGCUUUUUGUAUUUGGGUAGCGAUCUAUUUUUGUAAAGUAAAAAGAAAUGGUGAAGGAGAACCAGCAGUAAAUGGCAAAGGAGAACCAGCAGUACAUGGCGAAGGAGAACCAGCAGUACAUGGCGAAGGAGAACCAGCAGUACAUGGCGAAGGAGAACCAGCAGUACAUGGCGAAGGAGAUCCAGGAAAUGGCGAAGGAGAACCAGUACUUCAGAUGCCACUGUUGAUGCUUCCAACAACCAGCACAUCUGAGUCGUCAUAA